UUUUACAUAUGGUAAUUGUUUCCACAUUUAAAUAUACCCCUGAGUCGGCAAUCAAGAGACCUGGAUUUUAUUUGCAACUCUGCUACUGCCUGCGAUGUGACCUUGGGCACUUCACUGCACUGAAAAUGGGAGCCACUGCUCCAGCGUGACCUGCUUCUAAGGUACAAGAAAUAAGGACAACCCGUCCCAUUCCCUGAGACAUCUCCCAGUAUGGAUGGUUUGAUUGAACAGAACAGUGUGCUAACGCACAAUAAGAUAGCUGAAACCGGGAAGAGGAAUGGUUUAAUUAAUACAAGGAACUUAGUGGCAGAGAGUCGGGAUGGUCUGGUCUCUGUGUACCCAACCCCCCAGUACCAAGGCCACCGAGUGGGGAGCCUUUCCUCACAGAGCUGCCUGGAGAAUGGCAGGAAUGACCCUGUGCAACAGCUCCUGGAUCCCAACAUGCUGCAGCACACCGUGGAGUCUCACUACCGGCCCAACAUUAUCCUCUACUCGGAGAAUAUGCUGCGCUCGUGGGGGGAGAACAUCAGCUCUGAGUGCUGUGAAACCACCUUCAUUGAAGACCACUCCCCUACCAAAGACAGCUUGGAGUACCCAGAUGGCAAAUUCAUUGACCUCUCAGCAGAUGACAUCAAGAUUCACACUCUCUCCUACGAUGUGGAGGAAGAAGAAGAUUUCCAAGAGCUAGAGAGUGAUUACUCAAGUGACACUGAGAGUGAAGACAAUUUCCUGAUGAUGCCACCAAGAGACCAUCUCGGCCUCACUGUAUUCUCCAUGCUCUGCUGCUUCUGGCCACUGGGAAUUGCUGCCUUUUACCUGUCUCAUGAGACAAACAAAGCAGUAGCCAAGGGGGACUUCCACCAUGCAAGCUCCAACUCCCGGCGGGCACUCUUCCUGGCUGUGCUGUCCAUCACAAUUGGAACUGGCAUCUACGUUGGGGUGGCUGUGGCUCUUAUUGCCUAUCUAUCCAAAAACAACCAUUUAUGAGCCUCAGGAAAGGGGAGAACCAACCAUCUGGUGCCCAUACUACAGAAUUUCCCAGCAGAUCAGACUGUAUGGUUUUCCAAAAUAAUUAAGAGACAAACACACACCUUCCGGGGGCAGGUACUGGAUAAAAUGGUCUUGUGUGUUGUUGUAGGGUGGGAAGGUAGGCUGGGGUGAGGAUAGUUCCACUUUUUCUGAUGCACAAGUCUUGCAUCUUUUCGUGAACACCUCUACAAGACGAAAGAAAGAAAGAAAGAAAGAGAAAGAGAAAAGAAAGAAAGAAAGUUUUGUGUUUGGGAGGGGUGGUUUGGCUUUGCUUUCUUUGCAAUAUGGAGUUUACAAGAAGCUGGCAUCCUAGCUGUUCUCUGAAUACCUUCUCAGUGACCUGAACUUUACAGCCAGCAUGAGCUUGUGCUUAGUUUGCAUCUUAAGCACAGCACCAAGAUCUGGAAAAGCAUGGACGGUGGCUCAUUCUCUGAAAGACCAAUACAACAACAGGAGGAAGAGUAUAUUUUCUUUUUUUCUCUUUUCUUUCUUUUUUCUUUUCUUUUCUUUUUUCUUUUUUUUUUUUUUUUUUUUUUUUUGAAUGCAGGACUCAAUUACUAAAGGUGAAGCAGAGACCUCAGCAUAGAAUGGUAUUGCCUACUCUUCUUGUGUUAGUAGGUUUCCAUGGAACAAGAAAAGGAAAAGAAAAAUAUUUUUCUUUCCUUUCCCUGUUUUUGGAUUAAGAUGUGACCCACAGGCCCACUCAAAGCAGAACAGCAGGGGUUACUGCAUGACUUGGCUCCACAGACUGAGUGUGAGGUCAAAGUAGCAUGGGAUCUGUUGCGAAAUGAAUUUCUCCAUCCAGUCACACCAUGAUAAAGGCACAUCCUGUGGCACGUUGCUUAUUUGGGUUGUUCCACCUUACUGUGGAGACCUGCGCAGAAGUAAAUACAAGAAACCUAGAAGAAAAAAAUGCAAACUGAAAUUCUAAUCAACUUAAAAUUUAAAAUCACGGAAAAGCAUGGGAAUUAACCAGAGGAAGGAAUGCUUCCUCCAUUUUGAAGUACUGCUUAGAUACAGAGCAGUGAAUGAGAUCACUCAGAUUACAAACUCACAGCUCAGACAUGGACCAGAGAUUCUUAGCGUAGCCAUGGAAGGAUAAUAUGUGACAUUAUCUUGCUGUGCUGCCCCAUAAUGGAAUAUUGUAAGAAAGAGAGCUGAACGUUGUUCUUAUUUCACAGAUUGCAAUGACACACUUAUUUUCUUCUUUACUUCUUCCCCACAGUCGCUCCUUUCAUUUUGUUGUCUUCUGGAUCUACCAUUUCAUCCUACCAAGGGUUUAUCAGAAGAAAUAUGUAUGUAUGUAUAUACAUAUAUAGAAAGGAAAAAAAAAAAACGAUCAAAACAAUGAGGACUUUAUUAUUCACUACCUUGUGUUUUAUCAAUAUAAUUUCUUUACCCAAGAAUGUCAUCAAAGACCUUUUGUUCUAAUUCUGUAUUUUGUGUCUAUUUUGCUCUGGGAUAAGUUUUUCUUUCUGUUUUGGUGUUGGCAUUAUUUUGAUUUUCAGUUUGAUUUUUUUUUUUUAGGGGGGAGGAGGACUAACACAUCCAAAACUAUUUUUCUGCUAGUUAUACAGUUUAUUAAAACACAUGGUAUACAGCU